ACAGCCUCCGAUAGUUUUUUUUUUUGCCGGCGGCGGCAUUUUCCGAUUCCUCUCCCUCGCAGCACGGUGUUCGUUUCCAGAUUAAUCGGUGACAACUCACCUUCUAAUCUCCGGUUCUGAUAUUGUUGCAAAAACAAACAACAAAUCUUAAUGUCGUAGGCCCGUCCUGAUAUUCCAACUAGGGAACGAAGACUAGCCUCCUGUUCAUACACAUAUGAGUGUUUGCAUAUGAAGAUUCAGUUGUGCCUGUUUGAAGAAUUUGAUACAAUGGAUUCUUCUAUCGCCGUCACCCUCGACAAGUCACCCUCGACAAGUCACCCUCGACAAGUCACCCUCGACAAAGGGAGCAUAUAUUAUGAUAGAGAAUGCUUUGUUUGGUUCGUUGGAUGCUUUGCCGAGUGACAUGUCUUUCUGGCUGAACCUUCCACAAAUAUUUCUUUCACUAGGAAGAACUCGUUUGGCUUAAAAAAAGGUUAACUGAAAUGGCAAAAAUGUUAAGAUUGGGAGGUAGAGUUUCCGUCAGCAAAAUUCAGGUGCCGGUAACAUCAAGUGUUGUACCAACCAUCAAGACCGAAGAGUUAAUGAAUGAUCACAUAAAUUCCCUAUGUAAAAAUAAUCUCUACAGGGAAGCACUGGAAGCUUUUGACUCUGCGCAGAGGAAUUCAAGCUUCAAGAUAAGGUUAAGAACCUAUGUCUCUUUAAUUUGUGCUUGCUCUUCAUCGAGAUCUCUAGCACAAGGCAGAAAGAUACAUGAUCACAUUUUGAAAUCCAACUGCAAGUAUGAUACUAUUCUUAAUAAUCACAUUCUAAGCAUGUAUGGGAAAUGUGGCUCGCUGAGGGAUGCUAGAGAUGUUUUUGAUUUUAUGCCUGAAAGGAAUUUGGUCUCUUACACAUCUGUGAUUACUGGCUAUUCACAGAACGGUCAGGGAGCUGAGGCAAUCAAAUUGUACUUGAAAAUGCUUCAGGAAGAUUUAGUUCCUGACCAGUUUGCAUUUGGAAGCAUCAUCAAAGCAUGUGCCUGUACUGGUGAUGCUGGGCUAGGGAAGCAACUGCAUGCUCAAGUCAUUAAGCUGGAAUCCAGUUCUCAUCUUAUUGCUCAAAAUGCUCUGAUUGCUAUGUAUGUUCGCUUCAAUCAAAUUUCAGAUGCCAGCAAAGUGUUCUAUGGUAUCCCAAUGAAGGAUUUAAUUUCGUGGAGCUCAAUCAUUGCUGGGUUCUCGCAACUUGGGUAUGAAUUUGAAGCCCUGAGCCACCUAAAAGAAAUGUUGUCUUUUGGUGUUUUCCACCCAAAUGAAUAUAUAUUUGGUAGUUCCUUAAAAGCUUGUAGCAGUCUCCUUAGACCAGAUUAUGGUAGCCAAAUACAUGGGUUAUGCAUUAAAGCAGAGUUAGCUGGAAACGCAAUUGUAGGCUGUUCGCUCUGUGACAUGUAUGCGAGGUGCGGUUUCCUGAAUUCUGCAAGGAGAGUAUUUAAUCAGAUAGAAAGACCUGAUACAGCAUCAUGGAAUGUGAUCAUUGCUGGACUUGCAAAUAAUGGAUACGCUAAUGAGGCUGUAUCAGUUUUCUCGCAGAUGAGGAAUUCUGGUUUUAUUCCUGAUGCCAUCUCCUUGCGUUCUUUGCUUUGCGCUCAGACAAAACCAAUGGCUUUGUGUCAAGGCAUGCAAAUUCACUCUUUCAUUAUCAAGUGUGGUUUCCUGGGAGAUCUUUCAGUUUGCAACUCUCUGCUUAGCAUGUACACCUUCUGCUCGGACUUGUAUUGUUGUUUUAACUUAGUUGAAGACUUCAGAAACAACGCAGAUUCUGUUACUUGGAAUGCUAUUCUGACGGCAUGUUUGCAACAUGAACAGCCAGUAGGGAUGUUGAGAUUAUUUAAGCUAAUGCUUGUGUCUGAAUGUGAGCCAGAUUACAUAACCAUGGGUAGUCUAUUGCGGGGUUGUGUGGAAAUCUCAUCUCUAAAAUUGGGAAGUCAAGUCCAUUGCUAUAGUUUGAAAACCGGGUUGGUGCUUGAGCAAUUUAUAAAAAAUGGACUGAUAGAUAUGUAUGCCAAGUGUGGAUCACUGGGGCAAGCGAGAAGGAUUUUUGAUUCAAUGGAUAACGGAGAUGUAGUUUCAUGGAGCACUUUGCUAGUUGGAUACGCACAGUCUGGAUUUGGAGAGGAAACUCUCAUAUUAUUCAGGGAUAUGAAAGCUGCGGGGAUAGAGCCAAAUCACGUAACAUUUGUUGGUGUUCUUAGUGCCUGUAGUCAUGUUGGGCUGGUGGAAGAAGGCUUGAAGUUGUAUGCAAGCAUGCAAACUGAACACGGGAUUUCGCCAACAAAAGAGCACUGCUCUUGCAUAAUCGACUUGCUAGCUCGUGCUGGUCAUUUAAAUGAAGCUGAGAAAUUCAUCGAUGAAAUGAAGUUGGAACCUGAUGUAGUCGUGUGGAAGACUCUACUGUCUGCAUGUAAAACCCAAGGAAAUAUGGAUAUGGCCAAAAAAGCUGCUGAAAAUAUUCUGAAGAUCGAUCCUUUCAACUCUACAGCUCAUGUAAUGCUCUGCAGCAUGCAUGCUUCUUCUGGAAAUUGGGAAGAUGCUGCGUUGUUGAGGAGCUCGAUGAAAAAGCAAGAUGUAAAAAAAAUUCCGGGACAGAGCUGGAUCGAAGUUAAGGAUAAAAUUCAUAUAUUUUUGGCUGAAGAUGUGCAUCAUCCAGAGAGGGAUGAUAUAUAUACAGUCCUGCAUAACGUCUGGUUGCAGGUGUUAGAUGAGUGUGAUCCGCUACACAAGAAAAGAAUCCAGUUUAUAUAUGAGACCGGAUAAAGAAACAUAUAAGUGAUGUUUAUUUCUCAUUUAAGCAAGCACAGAGAAUGCCAUCACGUGACAUUUUCUGUUAUCAUGUGAUUGAUGCAACAUACAGAGUGGCUAGCGUGUCUGUUAAUUAAGGCCGUUGAUGAGGAGAACUGGUUACCCACAUUGGAUUGCAGAACUGGUUACCCGCAUUGGUUACACCUUCUGCUCGGACUUGAACUGCUUACCAUAUAUUCAGUGCUAUAUGUCUACUAUAAAGAAGGAUACCUGAUGAGUUGAAAGUUGAGGGUAUAUGAUUUGAAGAAAGGCCGUGAAGGAAACUAUCUUCUGGGUAUGUCUUAAGUCGCUUCCCCUACACCGUAAUCUAAUAAAAGAGAACAAUAUUGGCAUGAGUUGGUUCAGUAUCCUUGAAAUUUGGCUGUUUUUCUUGUUGUUGUAAGCCUUGUAGAGAUAUUCAGGUAUCUACAUGUAAAAGCUCCAAACACACAAAGCAUUAACUGUCCUUGCGUGCGUCUUAAUUCUGUGUAUAUACAUUUGGUCUGACAUUACCUAUAAUUGAUUCGAUGUAUUGUAUAUAUAACAUCAAAUAUGAGUACUCGAGGGAGCAAAUUACAAAUCGAUUUGAAUGAACAUCCAAAUUGAUCAUCUUUAUCUCUAUACCUAUUUGCCUAUAUGGUUUAGGUAGCAGAGGUUAAUGACGAGGAACAAGGAAACCAAGAAACAUUAUGGUAAGUUAAAUGAUAUCAAAGAUGAGAAAUUGCUGCAAAAAAAGAUGAGACAGACUCUACAGCUGCAACAAAAUGUGUGUAGUAGGAAGGCAAAAAACUAGACAGACC